AUGGGCGCCUACAAUCAAAUUUUCAAAGCGGGCGGCGUUAACUUCGACAAACACGCCCCCUUCUACGCGGUCCCCCAAUUCAAAGACGCCUACUUCCCCAUCGCCUCGACCAAAACUGCUCUCGCUCGUAAGAGCAUGCACUCUCCUCCCUUCUCCAAAGAAGCCGUCCGCCGCUCCGAACACCUAAUCACAGACAUGCUCGCCAAGUUUCUCGACCUCCUGUCCGGCUAUGUCUCGGGAGCGAGGCCUGUGGAUCUGACCAUGGGCGUGAGGUGCCUAACUGCGGAUAUAAGCAUGAAUUAUGCGUUUCAAAGACCUUUCAAUGCGCUCGAUGAAGAUGGGUUUCAGUCCCAAGUGAUAAUGGGAACGGAUGCGAGUUCACGGCUAUUCCAGUGGCUUGCUUAUUUCCCCGGCUUCGUUGGAGGAGUCUUUCGGGUGGCGGAGAAUCUGCCGGAGUGGUUGAUCAGGAGAUAUAUGAGGCCCUUUGCGCUUGUGAAUUGGUGUUUGGAGGUAUGUCGCGACCAAAUCGCAUACUUACAAAACCGUUCUCCUUCGGAAAACACGAUACGUACGGUAUUCGACAUCAAUCUCAACCCCAACCGCGAGAAAGGACAAUUCACGCCUACGACUAGUGAAAUGGGAGCGGAUGCAUUCGCGUUGUUGGUGGCUGGCACGGACACUGUGGCUGUUACUACGGUGAUGAUUACAUGGGCGCUUCUGAACAAUCCGCAAAUGAUGCAGAGGCUGAAGGCCGAGUUGAGAGAGGUGAUGCCUGGUCGGGAGGACACUGUUGACUGGGCUGGGUUGGAGAAACUGCCAUAUCUGCGCGCCGUCAUCCGAGAAGGUCUCCGCCUUGGCUACGGCGCCCCAGGACGCCUUCCCCGCGUCGUACCAUCUGCAGGCGCCGUCUUGUGCGGACAGAAAAUCCCGGCCGGAACCGUCGUCUCUUCCAGCGCCUACGUCUACCACCAAGACCCGCACACCUUCACCGACCCCCAGACAUUCCGUCCCGAGCGCUGGCUCGCCCCUCCCACCGGCGGAUCGAGCGAGAUGGACGCCAAAUUCGUGCCCUUUUCCAAGGGCUCGAGGUCGUGCAUCGGCAUCAAUCUCGCCUACGCCGAACUCGACCUCAUCGUCGCGCACCUCUACCGUCGUUUCGACGUUUCGAACGCCGGUACCACGGACGCGGAUAUGCAAUGGAAGGACUGCUUGGCGCCGGUGACGAAGGGGCAUUUGAAGGUUACGGUGAAGGAGAGCGUGGACUGA